AUGUCUCUCUCUGUUGACCAAAAGGUCCGUCUCCUCGCCCGCCAGGUCCAGCGCUUCCACAAAUACAGCGCUGGGACAGGCCGGCCCAACAGCAAGAUCGUCAAGGCACCUGACGUCAAGCUCGCUGCUGAUCUUGAGCCGGUCUUUGGCCUGUACGAGUCUGGCGACACAAAGAACACGGAUGAGUCGUGGCCGUUGUACUGGCAGUUGCAUGGCAAGGCACGUCUCCUCACGCGAGACUUGGAGUGGUUCAGAUACAUGGGCUACAAGUUGCUCUAUAACGGCAAGGUGGGCGCUUCUGACUUGCCCAAGUUUAACUACGAGGAGCCGCCUAAGCAGAGCUGGGAUGGUUUGUACGGGCCUCCAGCCCCCCAGCAAACCGAACUAGAGAGAGAGGCGAUGUGGGCUAAGACUGGAAAUGAGACGUUGCUUCGUGUGAGCGAAAAGCCAAAGCCGCAAGCCACAGUCUUGAAGAGCAGAGACGAAUACACCCGUGAGGACCAUCAUUGCCCGGACCUGGUUGACCUGUCUGAAGAUGGCGAUCUCAUCACAUUGGCCACCGACGUCGUGCCCAUCAACAAAGCUCUUUGCGACUUUGAGCCACUAUGCCUCCUAUAG